UUGGUUGUCCAGCAACCAAAACAAUGAAUGAAAACAGUUGGGACGUUUUACAUAUGUAUACAUCCGAGUUUAAAAAAAAACUACUUAAAGAACGUUUUAAACAUAUGUAAAGCUUGAAAUAUUCUGAUCUAAAAUUACUAUAUAUGUACUUCUGAAGAACUGUGAGAGAAAUUCAUUGCUGAUUUUAGCUCAAAACAAGGAUUUAGCUUUGCGCAUUAAUACAAAAAACAGUCCAAUCUAAGAGGUAGCCAUUUUGGUUGCGAACUAAUUUAUAACGAAACUAAACUUAUUCAGGGUUAUUUAAUUUUAUCACUCUGAAGAACGUGCUUUUGUCUAAUUACUAUGUUACAGACGCUUUUACAUGCCUGUACAUAGCUAUGGCUGAUCGGAGAAAACAACAAGUUAGUGGACCCAAGCUUCAUAAAAUUUCUGAAAUCGACCGGUGUCUGAAGAAAGUCAGUGAAGGCGUUGAAACAUUUGAAGACAUCUGGCAAAAGGUAAAAGUUCAUAAUGCUACUAAUACGAACCAGAAAGAAAAGUAUGAAGCAGAUCUCAAAAAAGAAAUUAAGAAACUACAGAGGCUACGAGAUCAGAUUAAAACAUGGAUGGCAUCCAGUGAAAUUAAAGAUAAAAGGAUACUGUUGGAAAAUAGGAAACUCAUUGAAACGCAAAUGGAGAGAUUUAAGGUAGUAGAACGAGAAACAAAAACAAAAGCUUAUUCUAAAGAAGGUCUUGGUGCUGCGCAAAAAUUAGAUCCUGCACAAAAAGAAAAAGAUGAAAUUACUAAUUGGUUAGCGGCAUCGAUUGAAAGUCUUAAUAUUCAAUUGGAUCAAUUUGAAAGUGAAGUUGAGUCUUUAAGUAUAGUUAUAAAAAAGAAAAAAAUUGAUAAAGAUAAGCUUGACAGGACGGAAGAACUAAAAGGCUGGAUAGAAAAACAUAGAUAUCACAUUAAGCAAUUAGAAACCUUAAUGCGAAUGCUAGAUAAUAGUACUGUUGAUGUUGACCAAAUUAAGAAAAUAAAAGAGGACGUAGAAUAUUAUAUUGAAAGCUGUCAAGAUCCAGAUUUUGAAGAAAAUGAGUUUAUUUAUGAAGACCUUGAAUUAGAAGAUAUGCAAGAAUUCUUAUCAAAAGCAAGACUUUGUAGUGAUGAUGAAUGUUCUCAGCGGUCUAAUUCUCCCACUUCUACGAACUCCAUUUCUCCUUCUCCUAGUCCUUGCUUAUUAACAAAUCAUUCCAAGUCAAAUAGUGAAGAAAAUUCAGUUACACCAGUCAAACCAAUUGCAAUUAGGGCACAAUCAUCUGGAUCUUUAUUAACAACAGUACAAAAUAAUAAAGGAGCUCUUCCAUGUGUUUCAAGAAAUAACAGUAAUUCAUCUGAGAGCAGUGUCUGUAGCUCGCCACCUUUAAAUCAUCACCACAAUAGCCAUUUUGUUUUGUCCCCUGCUCCACCUACUACACCAUAUGCAAUUGCUGCAGCUGGUAACACGUCAUCUUCUAAAGCUCACAAUUCUACUUCUGAAACCAAUAGCAAUUGCACUAACAGCAGCAUCAACAGUAGUGCGCCCACGACGAACUGUGUAGAUACUCCUACAAGUAGUAGUUCUGAAAUUAUUUUAAACCAUUCUGACAUUACAACGUCUGCUCCUACCACAGUGUUUACCACAGCUAUUCUAGAUCAAAUAUCUGGAACUAAUUUUACUCAACAACAUUCUCAAUCACAACAGCAGCAACUACAGAAUUUCUCCUCAAGUUCCAUUUCAUUAAAUACUAGCGUCCAUUACUCCACAACCCCAUCUGCAUGUGUGGACAGUGUGAUAAAGCCGCCUUCCUCAAUAGCUGCUACGUCAUCUGCCAUUACAUGUUCCUCCACUGCCACAAAUGCAUUAUAUAGUGCAGCUGCCGCCACUGGUUCUUCUGCAACACGCAAUGGCAGUUCGACGCAGCCACUAAGCAGUCCUCCUAGUUCAGCGUGCAAUGUGAUAGGAAGUGUAGUUACGCAGUCAACUAUAAACUGUUUGCUAAUGAACGGGCCUGUAUCUCCUAAAGUGUCGAGUCAGAUUUACAACUUACCAUCUCUGUCUGGAGUGAAUGAAGAUUCUAUGUCCUCUUUAAAGUCAAUGGCAGAGCAAGCUGUAUUAAAUGCAGGUUUAGAAACUCAUCUUCCUACACCGUCAUCUCCAUCUUCUGUUGAAAAAGAAGCCCAUAUUCCACCUCUAUUAGGAGUUGCUCCCCUAGGUCCUGUAGCCCUUAAUAAAGAAUGUUAUCAACAUCUUAAAAUUUUAGAAGGUGUUCAAAGGCAUAUGCCUCAUCCAUCUGACUCCGAAAGACUCAGGCAGUACCUUCCUAGAAAUCCCUGUCCUACACCAGCAUAUUAUCCACAAAGUUAUCCUCAACAUGAUCAUGCAGAGUUCUUCCAAAGGCUUUCUGCAGAAAUUCUGUUUUUUAUUUUUUACUAUAUGGAGGGAACAAAAGCACAAUAUUUAGCUGCUAAAUCAUUAAAAAAGCAAUCUUGGAGGUUUCAUACAAAGUAUAUGAUGUGGUUCCAGAGGCAUGAGGAACCUAAAACAAUCACCGAUGAGUUUGAACAGGGAACUUAUAUUUAUUUUGACUAUGAGAAGUGGAGCCAAAGAAAAAAGGAAGGAUUCACCUUCGAAUACCGUUAUCUCGAAGACCGCGACUUGAACUAAUGGGUGAUUAAAUUUGCUCAUCUUGUGUUUCUUUCAUUGAACUUCACAGAUGCUGUUUGGUAACUGGACAAGCUCUCUCAGAAUGUUCAACACUCCAAUAUGAAAGUAGCCUGGCAGUUUUAUUAUUUAAAUUAUUAAACUCAUUUUUAUUAUAAAUCACACGACUGCCAUGCUUUGCUAUUUAGAGACUACAAUAUUUUUUAAAUUAUGUUCAUAAAUUUUAUUUGAAUAAAUAUAUAUAUAGAUAUAUAUAUCAUAUUUGAAUGGUUUUUUGUACUCUCUAAAACCUAAAUUUUGGCAGAUUAGGUCAUUAAAUCUGUGCUUUAUUCAUCUACAAAUGUAUUAUUACCUUUUUUUAUAGUAGAUAUUUUGAGCAACUAAACAUAAAUAACAUAUAAUUUUUUUUGUUUUGCUCUUACCCUAAAAUAGCAGCCUGCCCACAAUUUGGUCUUGCUUUCCACAUUGUUUAGUUUUUUUUAAUAAUAAAUAAUGCUCUUAAUUAAAUUUUUAAUAUGACGCAUGCAUUUAAAAAUUAUUUAUAUAAAGCAAUUUAAAUUAUCUUUCGCUAUAACUUAUAGUCGAACUAGAUACAAUGCCCAAUUAUAUUAUAAAUGCAAGUUAAGUCUUUUGGUUUGCCAUAUUAAUCAAGACAGGUUUAUAGAGUCAUUAAAUAUUGAGCUUCAGCAGGUCUUGUACAUUUUUUUUUUUAAAUAAAUGAAAUCAUUCUUUUUCUUUUAUAAUUUUUGUUCUUUGAAGGUCAUUGUGCUCUCUCAUUUAGAUUAUUGAACUUCUUUGAAAUACAAAGUAAAAUCUCUAUUUAAAUAUCCAGACUUUUUCCGAGAUGGUAAUUUGGAUCUUAAUUGCAGCUAUAUUUAUUUUCAUUAGUAGAACCAAUGGUCUUGUUUUGAAGCAUAAUAAUUUUAGGAUUUUUCUUUUGAUUACCUUUAUUUCAAAAUAGCUUUAGUUCUCCAAUAAUAUUUUUCUUAUGUGACAACCAAUGUUUAAGAAUUGUAUUUUCUGUUUAAAAUGCAUUGCCUAAAAUUUACUUUUAUUUGAGUAUUUUUUUAAAAUAUUCAUUUUUAUUUUUAUCGAUAUUUUUCAAUAGUAUCUUAUUAUUUUCCCUUAUAAAGAAAUUAUUGUUUAAGCUAAAGUGAAAUCGGUAAGUACAACAUUGGUCACAUUGUUGACAAAUUUUGCAACGCUACACUUAGGAAUUCACAAUAUGCAAAGAUGUCGAAUCUCAAUUAAUUGUUAUAAUUUUUCCAACUUAUUCAUUUCCUGCAUAUUUUGUGAAUUAUAAUUAUUAAUUAAUGUAAUUAGUAUUUUUUUAAUAUUGUUAUUGACAUUAAAAGACCACCAUACUUUGGCUGUUGUUAGUUUUAAAUAAUUUCAAACAACCAAAUUAUUAAGCAUUUUUAACUACAAUAUUUUGGUUUUUAAUUUUAUUAGUUCCUUUGUUUGCAAAUUUGCUGUUAUUCAAAAAUAUUAAAAUUUGUGCAAUUGGUAAAUAAUAAAAAUCAUUUAAAACUAUUAGCAAACAUAAUUUACUCAUGUAGGUUGUUCUUUGAAGGCUUUGUAAUCAUAUGAAUAAGUUCUUUUUAGUAUAAAUCUUAUUUUAACUGUUCUAAGUUAGAAACCAUUAAUCAUGACUAUAAGUUUAAAUUUUAUCCAUCAUUAUGGAUAAAAUUUAUGGUGCAAAAUAUCCUGAUGAAGAAAAGCAUCAGUUUUUGGAAUAAGAAAGGGCUUUGUAAUUUUUUUAUAUUUUCAAUGUUAUUUUUUAGACUUUAUGAAAUAUACAAAAAAAGUUACAUUAAUUGUUAUGAUUUUCAUCAACAUAAAAAAUAAUGAAUGAAUUUUUUUUAAAGAAGUUUAUUUUUUUUAAAAGAAAUAAGUUAUUUGUGUCUCCAGAUUCUUUUCUUGUUUGUAGCCUUCAAACUAUUUUUUUUUUCUUUCCAAAUUUUCUUUGGCAAAAAAAGCUUUGAUGAACACCCUUUAUUGCUUAUGAUAAGUCUUGUCUAUCCAUAAACAUUUGUAGCUUAUGAAUAAGAUAAGGGGCCAAAGUUCUGAAUUUGAUACGGAGGAGUGACCAAAUCUGUUGGGUGAUAUGAAGUUAGCUCAUUUUGUGUUUUCUCCAUUCAUGUUGAUGAGUGUGUCAGUGACUGCUUUCUCUGAGUGUUUAACACUCUAGCCUAAAGAUUGCCUGACAGCGCGAUUGUUGUCAACAUACUGGUCUUUCAACUGCCUUUUGUGUCCUCAUUGCCAGUCACAACAAAUCACAACUGCCAGGCUGUCUAAUUUGUUUUUGUUGUUUUAACUAUGAACUGUUUAAAAAAUGCAUACUCGAGUUGAAGACUAUAGUAGAUGAACAUCCAUUUAGUUCUCUUUCCCAAGGUGCAUAGGUUUUUUAUGUACAAGCAACAAGUAUUUAUUGUUUCAAAUUUAUUUUUAUUGUAUAUACAAUUAUUCUAAAUAUAUUUACUAUUUAUAUAAAUACUUUAUAUUUACAUAAUAAUUUAAUUCAGAUUACAUACACAUCCGGUGUUUUGCAUUAUUUAUAAAAAGAAAAAUUGCUGCUUCUUGAAAAAAUAAUUAUUUUAGGUAUAACUUCUUUUGCUUUUAAGAAAGUCACAGUGGGUGCUAUUGCACUUUCUGUGCUCAUUUUAACGUGCCCAAUGCAACAUUUUAACGUGCAACUGCUUUUAACACGACAACAAAAUUUCUAUCUUCAAUAAAUAAAAUAAAAUUUUGUUUAAAAGUGUUAAUUCUGGCUAUAAGUUUACCUUAAAAAAUGGUGCCUUGUCUGACCAUUAUACUUUUAUUCUAUAUCCUACUCUUAGAUUAAAAAACAUUGGGGACUUCUGGUCCAAAUUUUCAAAAAUUUAACCCCAAAACCAGUCUUGAAGAUUCAGCAGUGUAAAACUAAACCAGCCCUGCUAUUUUGUACAAAAUUCUAGGGAAAAGUUUAAAUUAUUUAUGAAUUUUAUUGUAUUUUCUUUUAAACUAUGGAUUUUGAAUACAAAAUUUAUGUAUUUUAUUUAUUAGUUUUUUUUUUUAAAAAAAAAUUCUCUUUUGGGAGGAGCAUAAAAAUUGCAUAAUUUUUUUAUGUCAUAAACAGAAUCUUGUUGCUUGAACAUAUUAAAUUUAAAUCUUAGCAUCGAAAAAUAUUGCCAUUGAGUCUCCCUGGUUGAUGAACUGUAGCAUAAGUGUCAGGGAUUUUAUUGUUUCAAUAUAUAGUUUGUACAAAUAUCGAUUGUACAGCAUGCCACUUGAGAAUUGAAGUGUAUGACAGGGGCAGAUAAAAGGUUAAAAAAUAUAUAUAAAGAAAUAUUGAUACACUCUGCCUUGUGUAAGUUAAAAUAUUUGUAUUAUUUUGUAAUUAUUAGCAAUCAGAAUGGUGAUAAAAUGUUUUUUUGCCUUUUCAUUCAGCUGUAUAUAUGUAUGGCCACAAUUUGAUUGUGAUUACUCAUUGUACAUAACUUUCUGAGAGAAUUAUAGAUAUAUAUGAAUCUUAGUUACAUUGAUCAUCUUGUUUUAAUAAUAUCGUCAUUUGCUUUGUUUGUUCUUAAAUCUCAGUUGUGGCAUGUUUACUUACAUCUUACUUUUCUCCUCUGCUGGGCAGGGUUUUAAAGUAGAUGAAAUUGUAAGCCUAUGUUUUUAUUUCAUUCUAAAAAUUAUCCGAUUGUUUUUUUUAAAAGACUUAUUUAUUGUAUUCAGUCCACUUGAUUACAACAUAAAAUUUUUAAAAACUCAUCUGUGGAAAAGUUUGAUUACAGUAGAAUCCCGAUUAUCCGAUAUUCUUUGGAAUAUGUAGGAAAUCAACAGAUAAUCAAAGAACUUUCGUAAGUCAAUUUUUUUUACGUGUAAACUUUAAACUAUAGGUAAAAUCACUCAAAGUAAGUAGUGAUUAUAAUCAGGGACUUAUAAAUCCCAGGUGCAAGUUCGCCCAAAUGACUAGAAAAUUCUCUUGGCAACUAACUUUUUCAAAAUAUUAUUCUAUAACUUAAUUUUUUAUUUUAAGCUUUUUCUUUUUCGAUUUAAAGUUUGUAUUAAAUCAAAGAAUAUUAAUUUACCUACUGCUUUAGUGUUAAUUUCCUAGUUUGUUUUAUUGUUAUAUCAGAAUUAUGCUUUAAAAGAUUUAUUUUCUUAAAAUUUUGCAGAAUUUGAUAUCUUAAUUGAAUAUUUAACUUUUUUAUGCCAAAAAAAAAAAUCCAACCUUUGUUCUAUGUCACUAAAAAAAAUAGUCAAAUUUGUGUAUGAGAAAUUAGUUUUUUAUUUUUAUUUCGCAGCUAGUGCAAUGAAAUCACUGUAAAUCUAGAAGUUGACUUAACAAUUUUUUUUAUUUCUAUUAUAAUGAUACAAUGUUAGAAAAAAAUGGUCAAUGCAAUUAUUUUUUAAUAGUUGUUUUUCUAAAGCUGAAUUUUGGAUUUGUUUUUAUAGUAGUUGGGUUGCGUCAUUUUUAAUUUUAAUAAAAUGUUUGUCAAAAUGCAUUUAACAUGUGUUAGAUAACUGAAGUGCUAUACGAUCAAGUGUCGGAUGGUUGGGUUCUACUGUAUUUUGAAAGACUGAUAUAUUUAUUUUAUUUUCACUAGUUUCUACCCAUUGGUAUUGUGUUAUAAAUAUUGUACUCUGUGAUAUAGGCAAAACAUACCAUGCCAAUGAGAGAAAUUAUGAAAAAAGGUCACCGGUACAUUUGUAAUAUAUAUAUUUGCUCUUGAAAUAUUGUACAUUAAAUGUAUGAGAACUUUUAUUCUUUAUUCAUGUUAUGUAAUUUUAACUAUAGUUGUAUAGAAAAUAUGCUAUUUUAAGUUAUUGAUUUAUUUUGUCUGUUAUUUUAUGCAUAUCAUACUUCUUAUAAAGGGGAAAAAUAUUUUAUUCUGAUCUCACUAUGACUUAAACUAUUUAUCCCAUUUUAACUAUUUCUUCUGUUUAAUGCAUAUCAUUUGUGAAAUGAUUCUAUCUUAACUUAAUUUCUUUCAUGUUUAACAUGCUCGUAAUAUUUUUCUAGUCGACGAUACUUAUUCCUUAUGAAUUUAUUGGAAUUAUAAGUAAUGACUGUUUUAAAUCCAAGAUAAUUCAAAGCAAACUUUAACUUACAUUUUAAUUUGCAUAAAUAUUCUAUAGAUAUCAGAUGUUUAACAUAAAUUUUAUAUUAAAUCUAUUUCCAAGUAAAAAAAAAACAUUUAACUGACUAAUAUUAUGUAAUAUUGAAUUAUACUUUAUAUUGAAUCAUACUUGUGUUUUUUGAACAUUUGUUUAUUUUAACUUAUUUAAGUACCAGCUAUCCAUUAAGGUUUCAAUGACUUCAAUUUUACACCAAGUUUAAGUAAUUAUUAAGAAGUUUAAGUAAUGUCUUUAAAAAAAAUUUUUUUGUCUAAAUUAAUAAAAUUAUUUAUAAAUUUUAUGUAAUUUAUCUAGAUUAGAUUAUGAGGUAAAUUUAUAUUGUAAUUUUUUGAAUUUUUGUUAUAUUUUAAAUUUUGCUUAAAAUUUUAUAUCUGUCAAAGUAGCUGAAAUUUGGAUUUUGUUCUCAAUCUUCUGCACAAAAAUAUAAAUGGGCAUAUGUGAUAUUGAUGAGUAUUAAGUCAUGUUCAUUGAGAAUAUAUAUCAAAGUACAUUUGGCCCAUUUCAUUUUAUCAUUAGUGUUCAAUACCAAAUCUUUAUAGCAGAUGUUUGGCUUUUAAUGUAUAACUUUAAAACCUUUUGUUUUUUAACCUUUUUUUGAAGACAAACUUGCCUUCACAGAAGGAAUUUUCAGUAGAACUGAAACUUAUUUGUGUAUAUAAAGUAACCUCUAUUUAUCCAGUUCAAAAAGACCGAAUCCUAUGUUCUGUGCUUUCUUUUUUAUGUGAGGAAGGAUCAGUAGUAUUGUACUAUUAAAAUAGUAUGUAAUAAUUGGAAUUUAAAGCUCGGUUAUCCCUGCCAAAAAAAAGUGACAGCUCUUUACCCUAAGUCAUUUAUAUUGUUUGGAAUAUACAGAAAAAAACAAAUCCAGGUGUUAGAUACUUUGACAAAUCAAAAAUGGUUUUAGUGAUUUUUAUUUUCCCCGAAAAAUUAGAAAAAAAAUUCUCUUAAAAGUUAAAAUGAGCUUGUAAUAACCCAGUGGACAUUUUGCAAAAUUUAACAACUUUAAAGUAAUAUUUGUUUUAUGCUUGAGUAAUUAGAAUUGGUGAAGAUUCUUGUCACUAAGAUACAAUUUAUUUCUGAUUCAAUGAGAAAAAAUUGAUAUGAAUUUUUGUUAAAAGAAUUGAAUUUUAUGUACUUAGUUCUAAAUUACAUUAAAUAUGUUAAAAUUUUGAACACUUAUUAUUUUUAUUUAAAUUUUUCAAUUCUACCUUAAGCUUACUGACCAAAUCUGAGUUUUUUAAUGCAAAAAUUAAAAAAAAAAUAAUAAUAAAAAUUAGUUUUUAGUUCAUUUUUCUAAAACUUUCUAUCUUUGAUCUUCAUUUUUUUUAGCUAGUUCGCAAAAUUGAUGAUUUAAUAAAUAUUACCUGCUUGAAAAAUGCAAUAUAAUAGAGCAAAGGUUUCGCUUCUUUACUAACCAAGUAGAAAUAAAAUCAAGAAAUAUAUUUCUAAAAGAUUGUUUUAAGAUCUUUUGAAUCCAUUAAUUUUCGAGUUAUAAUUUUCAAUAAAAUUUUGUAUGCUAACCUUGUUGUGAAACCUACUGUAGAAAUUACCUUAAAAAAACUGCAUUUAUUAUGCAGAGUUUCAGUUUUUUAUGGUAAUUUCUACUAAUUUAUAAUUUGGUUAUGGUUUUAUUUAAAAAAGUCAAAUAAUUUGGAUCAUUUUGUGAAAUAUUAAAGUAAAAAAUAAUUACAAAUUUCUUAAUAUUUAUUUUUAAAUAGAUAAACAUUUUUUUAAAUUUAAAAUUGACAUUAGCCUUACAUCUUAAAGUAAUAACUUGAAAAUUUGUUUAUUUCUAUAUGACAAUGAAAACUCACUGCAGUUAGAAUCACCAAGACUGUAACAAAAGCAGUGAAAUUUUUUUUGUUUAACCUUGGAUCUUAAGGCUAAUGCAGUCUGUAAUAACAGUAUAUUUGAAUUUAAAAAUGUUUACAGAUUACAUGAAGAAAUUAUUGCUAUUCAAUUAAAAAUAUUCCUACAAGGUUAGUUACAACACAUUCAGGUUGUGAAACUAAUUAAUAGUUUUAAUAGUAUAUUCCAUACUUCACUUUAUUUGUAUUUUAGUAAAUUUGCAUAAUGUUAUAUUUACCCUUGCAUUUUUUUUUUUCAAGAAAAUAUAUUUGAUAUCAAUUGUUAAUCUUGUAACAUAAAACACGGUGCUGAAUUUAACCACUUACAGUAUAUACCUUCAUAUACUAACACCAAUGGGUUGAAAUUAACUUGUAUAUCAGUUUAAUUUAACACAUUAUUUUACAUCGAGUUGAGAUAUCUUAGUGGGCGUGUGGUUUGUAACCAAAAACUGUGUGCAUUUACUCUCAGUGAGAAGUAUAUGAAAACGGUUGAAAAUACUAUUUCUCCGUUUGCCUAAAACGAGCUCAAUCACUCUUUGUUUCUGUUAUACAAAGAUAAAAUAUUUUUGUAUAACUCAUUCGAAAUAUGCUUGUAAAUAAUACUCAUUUGUGGUCUAGUACUGACAGAGAUCUGUACAAUACUGGAUUACACUUUAUUUCAGAGUUCAAUAUCCCAGUGAAUUCCUAUAAAAUUAUGUAUAUAAGAAUAAAUUCUAUAUAUCAGACUGUUGCAAUGUGGGAGCUUCCCUUUUAAAUUACUUUUCUAUUCUACAUAUUUAACUUUUAUCGGUUUCAAAUAAUAUGAGUUUUGAACCAUUUCUUUAUUUUUUAUUCAUUGCGUUGCCACUUAUGCUUAUAAAACAAUAUAUAUUAAAACUACAUCUUUAUGUAUUCUUUCAACUGGAAAGAUUUUCAGAACAAUUUUCAGAAACAAUUGCACAUGUUAUCACAUACACUUUAAAGUAUCUUUUUUCUUUUAGUGAAUAGUUAAUAAUUCUUCCAAUAUUAUAAGGAGUUAACUUAUAUGUCUGAUACUUAAAUUAUCAGGAAGAAUGCGAAAUAGGCAUUUUUACCUACGUGAUAAACUAAACGAAAUGUAAAACUUUGACUUGAUAACACUAAUUAGGCGAGUUCUGUGACAUGGAGUCAGUGACAUAUGCUUAACCUAGAGCUUCAGUCACAUGCUUAACAUAGAGCUUAGAGCAGUGGGAAUUGAUUAACCCACUGACGGUUCUCCAUGUAAAUGUCGUAUUUUAACCUGCAGUCUUCUCCGCAUAGCAUAACCGGUUUUUCCACGUUAUUAGAUAGGGAUAGUGUAUUGGGGAGAAACAUUCUCUCAAUUUUACCCAUUUGUUAAACCGCCAGUGGGUUAAACUUUUAAAACAUUUGACUUCUGACUUUUCGAAAAAUCCAGAUCAUAGUUUUUACAUGACAUAGUUCUUUAUUUAAUAAUAAGUAAUUUAUCAAUAUUUCAAAUAAUUGGGUAAGAAAACAAAAGUAUGAUAGAAUAGAUUAUAAUGUUAACUAAUAAUUUUCAAUUCAUUAUAUUAGGAAACUUUCUUACUGGAUUUGGUUUGACCUCUCUGCCUAAAUUACCCCUUUCAGAUUCUCAAUUUCCCAAUAGAUGUAGAUACUUUUUUAUAAAUUUUUAUUUCAAUAAAAAAAAAGCACAGCUUGAAAAUGUUUUCCACUGCAAGUUAGUUAUUAAAAAUUUUAUUCAACACUUUUUUGUGAAAAAAGAAACAGAGGGAAUAUAUCAUAUAUCCAUUCUCCAGUCUAAGAUAAAAACUGAUUAAAUUUAAGUGCUGCAACGGUUUUAACCUUUUUCAAUUAAGAGUGCUUUCCAUUUGCUUCAUGUUGCAGAACUUGACCAUUGUUUUAUUUAGAAGGAGGAAAUAAAAUUGUUCUGAAUAAAAUCUUUUCAUUUUGAAAGAUAAACUGUAAUUAUUUUGGAAAAUAUUUUUAAAAGUAAUGACUAUGCAAUUAAGUAAAAAGAUAAAAGGCACACCAUAUCUAAUUAAACUGCUUAUUUAAAAUGUGUGUAUACAAUUGAAUGAGGUUUCUGUUGUAAAUUUUACCAAACCUUGUAAAAAGGAAUUUUACUUGAAGAUUUUAAGAUUAAAAAAUUUUAUUGUAAAGAUGUACAUUUUCAAAGCUCCACUAUUGCUUUUAAAUUUUUUUUAAUGGGAUUCAUGUUACUAUUAAUGAGAUGUAUUUGGCUAUUAUGUAUUAUUAUUUAUUUUACAUUUUAAUAAACAAAUUAGUUCGUUUGUUAAAUUUUUUAUGGUUUUAUAAAAUUGUUAAUAAUUGCCAAAUAUGUAUUCAAAUUCAUAAGCAAUUAGUUUGGCAAAUUAAUUUUACUUAAUAUAUCAUCUUUUUUCUUAAAAAUAGCCAUUCAGUAAUGACAAAUAAUAGGUUAAUAUUAUGUUUGGUAUUAUGCAAAAUAACAAACUAAAGUGAUAAAUUUAUGGUCAUUUAACUAAACAUAAUAGCCAAGUCUUUUGGUUAGCUUGUUUAACCAGUUAUUGAGUAUGUUAGCCAUUUUAAUCACAUUAACAGUAGCACAUCUCUAUAUAUUUUAUGAAUUAACUGUUCAUAAAACUAUUAUUCUUGAAUGUUCAUUUAGUUUAUUAAGAUUGAUAUUAAUUGACAAUAGUUUAUAAUUUUUUUAAAAUUAAAUUGAAAAAUUUAGAGAACAUGCUUAUGAGACAUUUUAGUAAAUUUGAGAAAAUCUGAUUUAAUAAAGGUAUAAAAACACCAAGAAUCACUUAAAUGUCAUUUAGCAUACUCUCCCACUUCAAUCAAUCUAUUGACUUUGUUUAACAAAUUAAUUUCUUUAUAAAUUUAGUCUACUUAUAUAAUGUAGCUUAUUUGUUGUUGUAAAUGAACAUGUUACGCAAUAACUGUGUUAAAUGAAUGUAACAAAAAUUGGGUUCCACAUUGCAAUGUGCAUAUACAGUAGGGAACCGAUUAUCCGGAACGAUCGGGACCAUCGCUAUUCCGGAUAACUGAUUUUUCCGGUUUUCUGAAUCGCUACAAAAAGCCGUUUUUUUAUUGUUAAACCCAACUAAAAAAAUAUAUAUAUUUGGAAAUAAUCUUAAAAAGAAGAAAAAACGAUGAAGUAAUACACUAAUAAUUAUUUCCAAAAUGAUGGUAAGGUAAACAUCUUUAAAAAAAGAAAGAAAAAUCCUAAAAUCUUAUGAGGAAAAAAAAAAAAAAUUUUAUUAAUGGUGGGAAAAUUUAUCGAAUUUCGUUCGGGUGUUUUGGUUUUCUGAUUUCCGGAUAACGGGUUCUGUACUGUAUUUUGUUUUGCAUUACCUACAUUUGCUUGAUUAGCAAUAUACAGAAUGCUCAUAAAAAUAGAGGGUGUUUAAAAGUUCAUUACUUGAAUAUUUUUGCUUUUCUUCUUAUUCAUAUGUUGCGAGUUUGUUUUAAAAGUCAGUGUGAAUCUUUUUCUUUUUUGAGACAGGUAGGUGCCUAUUUUGGGCAUAAAAAAAUAUUUCAAGAAAAAUAAAGUUUUUGUUUACCUUUUCCAUUAUAUAAUAACUAAAUCAAAAAUAUUUUUUUCUUCAUACAUAGUUACUUUUUAUUUUACAUUUAGUAUAAAUAAAAAUAUUGAAAUCAUGAAUCUAUCCCACUUUUUUUGUUUUUAUACUAUAUUAUAGGAAAUUAUAAAUUGAAUAAUGCAACAUUUUUGUUCAAAAUACUGCACUAAAUGCUAAAAUUUAUUUUUAAGUUAAGAAAGGCUUUAAAGAAAAAUUCUAAAUACACCACUGUGUAAAAUUAUCAGUUAAUAAAUGGGUUUAAGUUUAGCUUCUAUCUUUUAGUAAUGUGUCUUUAACACCUCACAUUAUUAUAAAGCAAACUGUACUUUAUUUAAUAUCUUAAAAACAACAAUUAAAUGUUUUGUUUUUAAGUGGACUUUGAUGCAAAACAAAUAUUGUCAUAAAUUUUUUUUUAUUAAUUUAUCUGUGUGUGUGUGUUUUUGUUAUAUUUUAAGAAAAAAAAAAGUUCAUACUGUAUAACUGACUCCAUUGUUUGUCUCACUACGCUAAUACUUAACCAACACGUUUUAUGUUGUUGGUACAUAUAAAUGCCUUUUGAGACAUUGUAAAUAAAAGGAGUUAGUAUACUCUUAUGAACUACAAAACAUAUGCUGAAUAAAAGGUAAAAUAAACUCUUCUGAAUGCUG